AUCACAUUCAAUUUGCACAGACCUCUUGGUCUUUAAGAAUCGCUUUCCAAAUUUCCAUCCCGCACACUUGAGAGCCACGUCGCUCUUGCAACUCCAGCGUCAAGUCAUCUAACAUCCAUUAUUGGGCGGGCGACCUUCGGUGUCACUGCCUUUCCACCAUUCCACUUCACUGUCUCCAUCUGACCACCACCAUCUCCGCACACUUCUGGGACACCCCUCCACCAUUGAACGCCGUCCCCCAUAUUAAUUGGAUUAUUACUGCAUCUCUUCUCCCAGAACGUGCCAUUUCCAUCAUCACUAAUCCCAUCGAGCGGCCGGGCACUCUCCGCCAUGUCCGUCGAAGGAACACAAAACUACGACUAUCUGCGGCGGAAGAACUCCGAGCGCAUCAACCUUUCCCAUGGCGACUCGAACAAUGUUACCCGUAAACCCGUUCGGCCGCCGAGCGAGCGAGUGAGCAACGGGACGGUCAGCUCGUCCAUCACCACCUCGACCGCGAAUACUGCCGCUACCCAUACAACUUCAUUGACGGAACCUCCUGUUUAUUCCAAGAAGCUAGUGGUGGUUGGCGAUGGAGGAUGCGGCAAGACGUGCUUGUUGAUCAGCUACAGCGCGGGAAUCUUCCCAGAGAAAUAUGUUCCGACUGUGUUCGAGAACUAUAUCACGCACACUCCACAUCCGACGACCGGCAAGACAGUCGAGUUAGCACUGUGGGACACUGCAGGCCAGGAAGAAUACGACCGGCUCCGCCCGCUCUCAUACCCAGAGACGGACCUCGCCUUUGUCUGCUUCGCCAUCGACUGCCCCAACAGUCUCGAGAAUGUCAUGGACAAGUGGUACCCCGAAGUCAUGCACUUCCUCCCCCACACGCCCAUCAUCCUCGUCGGUCUCAAAUCCGAUCUUCGCCACAAGAAAACCUGCAUUGACCUCCUCAAAACCCAAGGCCUCACCCCUGUGACUCCCGAACAGGGCCGCGCCGUCGCCGCGAAGAUGGGCGCCACCUACAUGGAGUGCUCCAGCAAGGAGAUGACCGGCGUCGCCGAGAUCUUCGACGUCGCCGUCCGCCUGGCGGUAGGCGAGGAGGACGCGGGCGGGCCGGAGCGAGAUGUGGAUCGGGAGACGGGGGAUAGGGCGCGGGGAGGGUUGGUUCGGCCGAGCGGACGGAGGAGAAGGGAGAUCAAGCGGUGCACGAUUCUUUGAGCGACCUCUUUGGGUUAUAGUGUUGGACACUUUCCCACGCUGCUUCAUCCUUGAUGGAGGAAGUUUAAUCAGCCAUGUUGGAGCCUGGUGAGUCACCCGAUUGGUUUACGUAGUUUACGUGGAUAUGGCCAACGAGUUCGAUGACGGCCAGUGUGCGAGGAUGGCAUGACCAUUCGAUGAUCGGGCGGUUUGGAUGGAUGGGCAGUUCGGCGGUGCAUAUUUAUCGGCGUCACAUCGGCGCAUCUGUGUAAGACUGGGGAUGGAUGACAUGCGAACUGACGACUAUGGGUUUCUGUCGUACAUAUCAUCAAUCGAUACAAAAUCUUUCAAACCAG